AUGGAAUUUAGUUUUUCAGGAAUUGUCCAAAUGGAUGAAGAAACACAUUACAAUAAAGUUGAAGAUGUGGUUGGAAGUCAUGUAGAAGAUGCACUAACAUUUUGGGCCCAGAAUAUCAAUAGAAAUAAGGAUAUUAUGAAGAUUGGUUGCUCACUGUCUGAAGUUUGUCCCCAUUCCAAUUCAGUUUUUGGGAAUCUUGAUCCAAAGAAGAUUUAUGGUGGAUUAUUUUCUGAAGAUAAGUGUUGGUACAGAUGCAAAGUACUGAAAAUCAUCAAUGAUGAAAAGUGUUUGGUGAGGUACAUUGAUUAUGGAAAUACUGAAAUUCUAAGUCGAUCUGAUAUAGUUGAAAUUCCUUUGGAGCUGCAAUUUUCUAGUGUUGCAAAAAAAUACAGACUUUGGGGAUUACAAAUUCCUUCUGGCCAAGAAGUUACCCAGUUUGAUCAGGGCAGAACCUUUUUGGGGAGCUUGAUUUUUGAAAAGGAAAUAAAAAUAAGAAUUAAAGCAACCAAUCAAGAUGGAACAGUUAUUGCUCAGGCGGAGUAUGGCAGUGUGGAUAUAGGGGAAGAGGUGGCUAAGAAAGGAUUUGCAGAAAAAUGCAAACUCACUUCUAGCACUAACAUCUCUGAGGAAAAAAAACUGGAUCCUGGUCAGCUUGUUCUCAGGAACCUCAAAAGCCCUAUUCCCUCUUGGGGCCACAGGUCAAAGCAGUCACCCUUCAGCAAGCCUAAGGGACGCUUAAGUGGGAAGCUGACUCUUGACUUGAAGAAUGAAAAUGAUGCAAGAAAUCAUGUGACAUUUCCCAAGGAAAGUUUGGCUGUUGGUGACUUCAAUUUAGGAUCUAAUGUAAGCCUGGCAAAAAUUAAACAGGACCAGAAACUCAUUGAAGAAAAUGAAAAGCUUAAAACAGAGAAGGAAGUUCUUCUUGAAAGUUAUAAGGCAUUAGAAUUAAAAGUAGAACAGACUGCCCAGGAGCUGCAGCAUGAGAAAGCAGUUACCAUGGAUUUGACUAAACAUGUAGAAAGUACUCUGAAAACUUGUGUAGGUACCAGAAUGAAAGAUCUGGCAGCCAAAGUAGAAACAUUGAAAGAAAUUAGGCGUAUGAACAUUGCUGUUCGUUUUGGAAAUGACCUUUCAGAUGCUAUACAAGUAUUAGAUGAAGGGUGCUUUACUACUCCAACUUCUUUGACUCACUUAGAGAUAAUUUGGGCAGAAUACAAUCUAGCUCAGGAGAACAUUAGAACUUGUGAAAAUGUGAAUGAAGGCAAUAUUUUGAUUGCCCAGAGAAAUGAAGUGCACCAGAAACUGUGUAUGGCAGUAGAAGUUUUUAUUCUGGAAAUAGAUGAGUUACCUCUUACUAAACGCUUAGAGAAAUUGCAGAAUUUGUCAACCUCUUUAGAAGCAGUAUAUGGACAGGCCAAAGAAGGAACAUACUCCGAAGAAAUAUUUAGAAUAUUUGAUGCCUGGAAGUGUAGUAAAAGAGAGGAGUUCACUAAUGUAAGAAGUGAAACAGAGGCAUCCCUACAGCAUCUUAUAACAUGGUUUCAGACUACCUUAAAGGUUUUUGAUCUAUCCGUGGAAGAAGCACUGGCUUCUGAAAACACUAUUGGUAGUAUUGAUGAAAUCUUAGAGAAGACUGAGUCAAGUGUCUGCAAAGAGCUGGAGAUAUCUCUGGUUGAGCAAGGUGAUACAGACAAGGAGAUCAUUUUAAGUACAUACAGUCAAGUACUGCAAAAGAUCCAUUCAGAGGAAAGACUCAUUGCCACAGUGCACUCCAAGUACAAGGACAGUAUUGAGUUUAAAAAGCAGACUAUGGAAUGUUUAAAUAAGAGUCCCAGUGUGGAUCAGUUGCUGUCUAUUAAGAAGACACUGAAAGGCUUGAAAGCUCGACUGAGAUGGAAAUUGGUUGAAAAGAGUAAUUUGGAAGAAUCUGAUGACCAUGAUGGAUCUGAAAUCGAGAAAAUAAAACAAGAAAUAACUCAGUUGCGCAAUAGUGUCUUUCAAGAAAUUUAUCGUGAGAGGGAGGAAUAUGAGAAGCUGAAUAGCUUAGCACAGAAAUGGUUCCCUGAGCUACCUCUGCUUUAUCCUGAAAUAGGAUUACUUAAGUACAUGAACUCUGGUGGUCUUCUAACUAUGAGCUUGGAACGAGAUCUUCUUGAUGCUGAACCCAUGAAGGAACUUAGCAGCAAGCGUCCACUGGUAUGUUCUGAGAUUAAUGGGCAGAUUAUUCUUUUAAAGGGCUAUUCUGUGGAUGUUGACACAGAAGCCAGGGUGAUUCAGAGAGCAGCCUCCUAUCACAGAGCUUGGAAAAAUGCUAAAGAAAAAUCUGGGUUACUACCAUUGAUAUUCCUGUUUUUAUGUAAGUCUGAUCCUCUGGCUUAUCUGAUGGUCCCAUAUUAUCCUAGGGCAAAUCUGAGUGCUAUUCAAGCCAGUAUGCCUUUAAAUUCAGAAGAAACUUUAAAGGUCAUGAAAGGUGUUGCCCAAGGCCUGCACACAUUGCACAAGGCUGACAUAAUUCAUGGGUCACUUCAUCAGAACAAUGUAUUUGCUUUAAACCGUGAACAAGGAAUUGUUGGAGAUUUUGAUUUCACCAAAUCAGUGAACCAGCGAUCCUCAGUGAACAUGGUGGCUGGUGAUUUAAGUUUGAUAUCACCUGAGUUGAAAAUGGGGCAACCUGCUUCUGCAAGCUCAGACUUAUAUGCUUAUGGCUGCCUUUUAUUGUGGAAACUAACAAUUAAAUUCAAAGCAUUAAUGGCACAAAGAGGUAUGGUGUUGUCUAUUGAAGAUAUUUCGUAG